UGUUGGAUGACACCGCCUACGAAACAAAAUGGCCGAUAUGGCUAAAAUUAGAACAUAGUGGUAAAAUGCAGUUUUUGAUUUAUAUCUUUAAAAACUAAGACAUUUAGGGCAAAUCUUUUAGAUUUAAAUUUACAUCACAAUACGAUCUAUCCCCUCGCAAAUUUUCAGAUGAAUCUGACAACUCGUUGUUGGGUUGCUGCCCUAAAAUUGGUAAUUUUAAGGAAAUUUUGCAGUUUUUGGUUAUUAUCUCGAAUACUAUUAUAGAAAGAGAUAAACUGUAAAUAGCAAUUUUGUUCAGCAAAGUAGGAUCUACAAAUAAGUCAACAUGAUAAAAAUUGUAAGGAGUUAUUGCCCUUUAUAGUCAAUUUUUAACAAACUUUUCGUCAUUUUUUUGUAACUUGUACAAAAAUCUUCUUUUUCUAAAACUAUGGGCCAUAUUAAAGUAAAACUAAACGUGGCCACAAUCAUUACUAUGGUAUCUAUUUAAAAAAAAAAGUGUCUAAUGACCCCAACUACCAACCAAGAUGACCGACAUCAGUAAAUACAGUAACAGGUGAGCGACACAGGCUCUCAGUUGAGAGCCUCUAGUUUACCCUCGCGAGCAUCUUCCCGCCAAAAGAUUUCGAAUAUGACGUUACAUAAUGAAAGCGAGAUAACGCGUAUUAGUACAAUAACAUGUAUAUCAACCAAUAAAGAAACCAAGGACGAGUUUAACCUGAAAGCUAUUAGUAUGGAUUGUGAAGAAAAUAAACUGUGCCUGGGCAUAGAUCUUGGAACUACUUCAGUGAAGACAUGCUUAAUUGGGGGAGAUAAUAUGGAAAUAUUACACUCAAUAUCAAAACCUAGUCAUGCAGAUAUCCAAAGUGAUUUAGGAACAAAAGGUUCAGAGCAAGAUCCAAUUCUAAUCUUAAAAACAUUAAAACAAUGCUUAGAAUCAAUUCCAGCAACACAAAAACAGUUAAUCAAUACAAUAUGCAUUACAGGACAAAUGCAUGGUGUGAUUUUGUGGUCAGAUCAAGCAGUUAAACAAAAUUUUGGUAAAAUCUUUGAGGAUAUAGAGGGAAAUAACUCUAGCAAAGAAACUAGCAAUUUGUAUACAUGGCAAGAUCAGAGAUGUUCUUCAGAAUUUUUGUCAUCUCUUCCAAAACCUGACUCUCACCUACCACUGUCAACAGGAUAUGGAUGUGCCACUAUGAUAUGGUUGAGUAAGCAUCAGCCAGACAUUCUGAGUAGAUUUGGGAAUAGUGGUACAGUAAUGGAUUUCCUAGUUGCAGGGUUGUGUGGACUGGAUAAACCAAUUACAUCAGUACAGCUGGCAGCAAGUUGGGGAUAUUUCAACACCAAAGAAAUGUCUUGGAACUUUUCACAGUUAACAGAGUGUGGAUUGCAUGUAGACCUGUUACCGUAUGUUGUCUGUCCUGGUCAUAAAGCAGGUACUUUACAACAGGUGUGGUGUGGUAUCAGUCCAGGUGUAACUGUUCUAGCAGCUCUUGGUGAUGUACAGUGUGCUGUGUAUUCUGUUCUCAAGUCACAACAAGAUGCAGUACUAAAUAUCAGUACAUCAUGUCAGCUUGCUUUUCCUGUUAGAAAUGAUGAGUUACUUCCCUUGACAGCAGACAGUAAAUGCCCAGUACAGUACUUUCCAUAUUUUGAAGAUAGUUACUUAGCAAUAGCUGCAAGUCUGAAUGGUGGAAAUGUAUUGGCUAAUUUUGUUUCCAUGCUUCAAGGAUGGAUGAAAUGUUUUGGUUGUAAUAUAGAAGACGAUAAAGUAUGGGACACUCUAAUGGACCUAUCUAUCAAUAAGACAAAUUCACAAACAAUGAAAGUCACACCGACACUUUUUGGAGAAAGACUUGAUCCACAGCUGGCAGCAACUAUUAGUGGUAUCAGUCCUGACAAUCUUGAUCUAGGAACUUUAUUUAGAUCAAUAUGUUGUGGCCUAUUAGAUAAUGUGUCAAAUAUGAUGCCAGUUUCUUUUUUGGAGAAAAAUAGUAUAAACAAGUUAAUUGGGUCAGGAUCCUUGCUUUCAAGAAAUGAGGUCAUGAGACAGGAAGUAAUAAAGCAUUAUGGGAAGUUGACAGUAGAAUUUGGCAAUAGUUGUGACUCUGCAACUGGUGCUGCUAUGUAUGCAGUUAGAUACUGCAGAGAACAUAAAUGAUAAAUGAAUUAUUCAUAACUGUCAAACAAUUAUUCUAUUCUGUGCAUUCCCAAUGUUAUUUUUUUAUUUUGUUUAUUCAAGUGCAAUAUUUAAAAUAUAAUCAGUACUGGAGACAUUUUCUUAUCUAAUUUCAGCCAGUGCUAUGAACCUAUCAGAAGUCUGUCCUCUAUUUAUAAAUAUCACCUCAAAUUGCAUUUUUUGAAAAAUUGGCCAGCAUCAAAAUAAUGAAUCAAAAUGUUUGCAUUGACAUCCAAUUUGAUGUUAUUUGAAAGAAGAAAAAAUAGCCAGCCACAACCACAGGUCGAUCAUUCAUAGGCCUAGUUACUAUUAAUUACUAUUGUUUGUUUUUGGGUUAC